AUGUUACGCCUCAGUGUGUCUUUCUUUGGGUUAAAGCGAAAGAACUCCACGCAUGUGCACAAGUUUCUUGAAGGAUGUCCCCUUCCAGAGACGCUUGUGGAUGACCUUGCGGGAGCGAACUUAAAGUCGUCUACGCCGUUCUUCAGCACGAUGCCACGUUACAUUGUGGCGAAGGAAAAUCGUCUGUCAACGUUGUUUUUUCAUCAUGCACUUUAUCCUGCGGGAGGGGCGCGGCGACCGUACCGUGUGGUGGUGGUCCGCGGUGGUCGUGGGGUGCGGAGUCAACCCGGCGUGGCCGUAACCCUCUCCAAAAGUGCUUUUGAGGAGAACUCAUGUCGUCUUUAUCGAGAUCCGGCACGGCGUCCUUUUUUCUACUCAAGGCCACCUGCUCUGGCACCGUCUCGUUUCAGCCACGAAAUGAGGAACAAGGAUGAGGGAAAAAACGAGGCGUCCGUCAACUCCAGCAAUGUGACUGGUCAAGAAAGAGGCAUGACGGCAAAGUCGUCGCGUUCUACCGAAGACAGCCUGCUAGCGCCCCUAUGUGGGGUUAUUGAAAGUCACUUUCUGGCACUCUUAAAGCAACACGCGAUAGAGGAAGGUGGUGGGAACGAGAUGACAGCCGACCCUAAAAGAGCAAGAGAAGGUACAGGAAAAACAAUCGAGGAGGAACUGGCGACCUUGUUGAGUGGUGGUCACGGUGGUAUAAUGACGGCGGAGGAGGAAAGGGAUACGACGGUCUUAAGCCCCCCCUGUAGUGAUCUUGUGGGAAAGCUGCUGCGGAAUGUUGCGUCGCUUCCUUUUUCCUUCU